AUGGACGGAACGUUUGUGGGUGACGAGCUAACGACUCCUCCCCGCGGGCUGGUCCGUUCUUGUGUCAUCAUGGGCUGGUCUUCCGACGGCCUCAGGGCCCGGGUGGCAGCGUGUCGGGAGUCCAGGAAGUUGGUGCUGAUCAUCGUGGCCAUCGCUCUGCUGCUCGACAACAUGCUGCUCACCACCGUCGUGCCCAUCAUCCCGGAGUUCCUGUACGACAUCCGUCACCCGGACGCGCCCCUGUCCGUGUCUCUGGAGGACCUCACCACCACCCCCGCGCCCUACUGCCCCUGUCUCAACAACACUCCCGCCGAGGAAGGAGUCCAUGUUCCCAUGAACCUGACGGCCGAGCGCGAGGAGCGUCACCGGGAGCUGAUCCAGGAGACGGUGGCCGUGGGGGUGUUGUUCGCCAGCAAGGCCAUCGUCCAGCUGCUCGCCAACCCGUUCGUGGGACCUCUCACUCACAGGAUCGGUUACAGCAUCCCGAUGUUCAGUGGCUUCGUCCUGAUGUUCCUCUCCACGCUCAUAUUCGCGUUCGGUCGUUCGUAUUCGGUUCUGUUCGUGGCGCGCGCGCUGCAGGGCGUGGGGUCGUCGUGCUCCUCGGUCAGCGGGAUGGGGAUGUUGGCGGAGAGAUACCCAGAUGAUAAGGAGAGAGGCAACGCGAUGGGUAUAGCUCUGGGAGGCCUGGCGCUGGGAGUUCUCAUAGGACCACCGUUCGGAGGACUCAUGUACGAGUUCGUUGGAAAAACUGCGCCCUUCCUGAUGCUGUCCGCGCUGGCCUUGGGCGAUGGAUUACUGCAGCUAAUGAUUCUUCAACCAGGAGUGGUUCGUCAGGAGAGCGACCCGCCGUCACUGAAGGCGCUCGUCACUGAUCCAUACAUCAUAGUCGCUGCUGGUGCCAUCACAUUCGCUAACGUGGGUAUCGCCAUGUUGGAGCCGAGUCUUCCCAUCUGGAUGGCGGACACGAUGCAGGCGCGUCGCUGGCAGCAGGGGGUCGCCUUCCUGCCGGCCAGCAUCUGCUACCUCAUCGGUACAAACUUGUUCGGUCCUCUCGGUCACAAGAUGGGUCGCUGGCUGGCCGCCUGCUCCGGCCUCAUCAUCAUCGGUAUAUGUUUGAUUCUGAUCCCAAUGGCUCGUAAGUUGGAACACCUGAUCAUUCCCAACGCCGGGCUGGGCUUCGCUAUCGGUAUGGUGGACUCGUCCAUGAUGCCGGAGCUGGGCUUCCUGGUGGACAUCCGUCACGCCGCGGUGUACGGCUCCGUGUACGCUAUCGGGGACACCGCCUUCUGUCUCGGAUACGCCGUCGGCCCCGCGUUCUCCGGCGCCUUAGUCAACAGUAUCGGCUUCGAGUGGAUGUUGGUGAUCAUCGCUCUACUGAACUUCUGCUACGCGCCGUGUCUGCUGAUGCUGCGCGCUCCGCCCGCCAGAGACGAGCAGCAGAGUUUGAUCAUCAGCGAGAAAUCAUCUGUCCGUUACGUGAGCUACCAGAACGAGGAAGAAGAAUAG